GAUGUUAGUACCAAACUGUACUGAAGCUGCAAUUUCAACUUUUUCCGCUGAUGAUUUUGGGAUUACAUCUCUUAACAGAAGGAGUUUUUCAAAAAGUUUUACAUUUGGGACAGUAUCAUCUGCUUAUCAGGAACGAUUUUCAAGAUUAUGCAAAACAUUGUUUUAAAGAAUUUGGAGACAGAGUUAAACAUUGGAUUACACUAAAUGAACCAUGGCCCUUCAGUAAAUAUGGGUAUGUUGAUGGUAUUUCACCACCUGGAAGAUUUUCAACCUGGCAAAACUCAUCUUGUACUGGUGGUGAUUCAGCCAUUGAACCCUACAUAGUGACUCACAAUCAAUUACUUGCUCAUGCAGCUGCUGUCAAUGUCUAUAAGACAAAGUAUCAGGUUUCUCAAACGGGUAUGAUAGGGAUGUCACUGGCAUUUGAUUGGAUAGUAACACUCUAUGAUACAGAGUUAGAUCAGUUUGGUGCACAAAGAGCCCUUGAUUUUAUGUUUGGAUGGUUUACGGAGCCAUUGACAACUGGAGAAUAUCCUCAUUAA